AUGGUGAACUUUUAUCGCCGGUUUUUCCCGAACUGUGCCGAUACCAUCCUACCUCUGACCAAUCUCCUCUCAGGUUCUAAACGCACCUUUGAACUUACAUCAGCCGCACUCACGUCAUUUGAGCAGGUAAAAGCCCUUCUGGCUGACGCCACCCUCCUGACUCACUUUCACGCUGAUGCACCCAUAUCUUUGAUGGUCGAUGCCUCCAAUGUUGCUGUUGGCGCGGUUCUUCAACAAAGUCUGCCGGAUUCUACCAUGCCUUUGGCUUUCUUCUCCAAGAAACUAUCCAAGGCCGAAACCCGCUACAGCACAUUCGGACGUGAACUUCUCGCCGCUUAUCUUGCCGUAAGGCACUUCCGGCAUUUACUCGAAGGUCGAGAGUUCACAAUUUUCACUGAUCAUAAGCCACUCACGUUUGCAAUACAUUCCCACUCUGACAAGAUAAGCCCCCGGGAGAUCCGUCACCUGGACUACUUUUCGCAGGUCACUUCAGACAUCCGCCAUAUUGACGGGUCGCGGAAUGAGGUGGCUGACGCACUCUCAAGGCCCUCUAUUGCUCAUCUUCAGCUUUCACCCGGGAUAGACCUCGCUGAGAUGGCCGCUGAACAACGCCGUGUCGGUCCACCCUGUGAUGAGGAUGUUUCCGGACUCCAACUUCAGGAACUACCACAGACAACUAGCAACGGCACCAUCUUAUGCGACGUAUCCACCCCUUCCCAUCGUCCAUUUGUACCACCAUCUCUCCGCCGCAAAGUUUUCUCCUCCCUGCACAAUCUCUCUCACCCUGGGAGUCGAGCAACCGACAAGCUGGUUUCCGACCGCUUCGUCUGGCCUGGUAUGCACAAGGACCUCACGACAUGGACACGGGCUUGCAUCGCCUGUCAACGGAGCAAGAUCCAGCGGCACAACAAAACUCCCAUUGGCACCUUCCCUACUCCGGACGCACGGUUCAGUCAUAUCCACCUGGACAUCGUAGGCCCCCUGCCUCUGUCCAAUGGCUGCUCCUAUCUCCUUACCUGCGUGGAUCGAUUCACCCAGUGGCCGGAAGCUAUUCCACUGCCUGAUGUCGCAGCUCCAACGGUCGUCAAGGCUUUCCUCAGUCGUUGGGUUGCCAUGUUUGGUGCUCCCUCCAUUAUCACGACUGACCGUGGUGCCCAAUUUGAGUCUAACCUCUUCCAGUCUUUACUCUCCUUUUUAGGCUGUACUCGCAUCCGCACUACAGCCUAUCAUCCGGCAGCCAACGGGAUGGUCGAGCGGUUUCACCGCCAGCUGAAGGCCUCCCUACGCGCCGCGGCCGAUCCGGAGAACUGGACAGACCACCUUCUCCUGGUCCUCUUGGGCAUCCGCUCCGCUCUGAAGCCGGACCUUGAUUGUUCCGCAGCUGAACUGGUGUUCGGCGCCACCGUCCGACUCCCCGGUGAGAUGAUCUUGCCAACCCCACAAGGUGCGGUUGAGGAUCUUAUCAACCUCCUGCAUCGCCUCCGGCAGUUUAUGCGGACACUUUCUCCGGUUCCGCGCAGGCCAUCCGUCUCGGAAUCUUACCUCGAGAAAGAUUUGGCGACAUGCUCUCACGUCUAUCUCCGAUGUGUUCGAGUCCGCCGGCCCCUGGAACCACCCUACGAUGGCCCCAUCCGAGUUAUCUCUCGGGGGACGAAGAACUUCCACAUACAACGCGGCAAUCGCGAGGAGGUCGUGAGCGUGGACCGUCUCAAAGCUGCCGUCCCGGACACUCCUUCGGAUGAGCCCUGUGGUCCCCUACCCCUGCUCCGCCUCCCCGACCCUCUAUCCCUCCGUCCCGUGUACCUCCUCUGCCCUCAUGUCCGCAACCCUCAACUCCAACUACUCCUUCAUCAACCAACAACACUGUAA